AGUACAAAAUUAUCUUCCCUUCUUGUUGGUCCUCUCUAUCUACACUCCAUAGAAACUGCAAACAAAGAGAGAGAGAUACAAAAGCAAGCAACUUUCAAUUCAAUUCUUCAGUUUACUCUCUCAUGGAGCCAUCUAUCUCUUUGAAAACAUUACUGACAAUCUCCCUCUUUCUUUUCUUUGUCACCCCACAAUCAUCUCUAGCUGUAAAAUUACCCUUCCAUCCUCAGGAUUUGCUUCCUUGGUUACCAAGACAAGUUUCAUGGCCUAUUCUCAAUCGCCUACAUGGUGCUGUAGACCUAUUGCCCACAUUUGUUGGUGCUGCCUCUGCUUUAAAUGAAACCGGUGACUGGAAAGGUGCUUGCUUUUACGAGAACCGGGCUUGGAUGGAGUUUCAUAAUAAGACUGGUAGUGAAUUUGGUGGUGGUACGCUUCAUCUUAAGGUUAGCAAUGCUCACAGCUGGACAUGCAUGGAUAUUUAUGUCUUUGCCACUCCAUAUCGUGUGACAUGGGAUUAUUACUUAUUAUCUCGGGAACAUACAUUAGAGUUUAAAGAGUGGGAAAGCAAAGCUGAAUACGAAUAUGUGAAAAAUCGGGGAGUCUCUAUUUUCCUUAUGCAUGCGGGGAUGCUCGGAACCCUUCAAGCACUGUGGGAUGUCUUUCCCUUAUUUACAAAUACUGGAUGGGGUGAGAAUUCUAAUAUUGGGUUCCUGGAGAAACACAUGGGAGCUACCUUUGAACAGCGUCCUCAGCCUUGGGCUACCAACAUCAGUGUUGAUGAUAUUCACUCUGGUGACUUCCUUGUUAUAUCAAAAAUUCGUGGAAGAUGGGGUGGUUUUGAGACUUUGGAGAAGUGGGUCAGUGGAGCUUAUGCUGGUCAUUCUGCUGUUUUUUUACGGGAUUCUGAAGGAAAACUAUGGGUUGGUGAAUCAGGAAAUGAAAAUGAACAGGGAGAAGAUGUUAUUGCUGUGUUACCCUGGGAUGAAUGGUGGGAAUUUGAGCUGAAUAAGGACAACUCAAAUCCACAUAUUGCACUGCUUCCUCUGCAUCUUGAUGUGCGAGCUAAGUUCAAUGAGACUGCUGCGUGGGAGUAUGCUUUGAGCAUGAAAGGAAAACCUUAUGGAUAUCAUAACUUGAUAUUCAGCUGGAUAGACACUCUGGAUGGGAACUAUCCACCACCAUUGGAUGCUCAUCUGGUUGCUUCUUUUAUGACAGUUUGGAAUCACAUACAACCUGAAUAUGCUGCCAACAUGUGGAAUGAAGCCUUGAACAAACGACUUGGAACUCAGGACCUUGAUCUUCCUGAUAUCUUGGUAGAAGUUGAAAAGCGUGGGUCAUCUUUUGGAAAAUUGUUGACAAUUCCUGAACAGGAUGAUUGGUUGUAUACUGAUGGAAAGUCGACCUCAUGUAUUGCUUUUGUCCUGGAAAUGUACAAGGAAGCAGGACUGUUUGAUCCAAUUAGUAGCUCUGUACAAGUGACUGAAUUUACGAUCAAAGAUGCUUACACACUAAGGUUUUUUGAAAACAAUUCAAGCCGCCUGCCAAAGUGGUGUAAUGAUGGAGACGAUGUGAAGCUCCCAUUUUGUCAGAUUAAAGGGCAGUAUCGAAUGGAACUACCAGAAUACAAUACCAUGGAUCCUUACCCCCAUAUGAAUGAAAGGUGCCCAUCGCUUCCCCCAAAGUACUUUAGAACACAGAAUUGCUAAAUGGCUUCCCAUCUCUUGAUGUGGAUGUAAAAUCAUAGUUGAUGCCAGCGGCUGCAUUAUUCUUUGAUUUGAUGCAUGGAAGCAGCUAAACAAAAGGGUUUGUUAGUGAAUGUAAAUAUGACAAUGAUAGUCUAAAACUACAGAAACUAUUAGCUGUUAAUUCUCUUACACGUAUACAUUAGCCACAUGGCAGACUAUUUACACGCAUGGAAUGUGAUUGUUUCAGUCAUUCCUUUCCAUCGCAGUUGUCUAAGCUGAAUUGGUCCAUAGUUGCCACUUCUACUAGUUAUUUUAACAGAAUUUGUUCCAA